UGCGCUUCCCGUGCCGCUUCCCCACCCUCGCACUGCUCUGUCAUGGGCAGCCUCACAGCCCUGCAGCGGUGCAUACCACAUACCGCUGCAGCAGCCCCUUCACCCCGUUCUUCCAGAGCCUGCGCUGCACCCCAGUUUGGCAAGGCCGCCAGCGCGCUCAAGACCGCUUCCAGGCGUCAAGCUCGUGCCAUCCAGCGCUCCACCACCGCCCAGGUCGCAGCUGUGGCCCAGAUGGAGGGCUUCACCGUGACCAGUGUGCCCACCAAGCCUAUUGAGGGCCAGAAGACGGGCACCUCGGGCCUGCGGAAGAAAACCAAGGUGUUCAUGAGCGACAACUACCUGGCCAACUGGAUCCAGUCCCUGUUCAACGCGCUGGGCGAGGAGGCGGUGGGCACGACCAUCGGCGUGGGCGGCGACGGCCGCUACUUCAACAAGGAGGCGGUGCAGACCAUCCUGAAGCUGGCGGCGGGCAACGGCGUGGCCAAGGUGGUGGUGGGCAAGGACGCCAUCAUGGCCACCCCCGCCAUGUCGGCGCUCAUCCGCCGCAGAGGGCUGUACGGCGGCCUCAUCAUGAGCGCAAGCCACAACCCGGGCGGCCCAGAGGAGGACUGGGGCAUCAAGUUCAACUACUCCGCCGGCGAGCCCGCCCCCGAGAAGAUCACAGACAAGAUCUUCGGCUUCACGGAGACCAUCUCGGAGCUCAAGAUGGCCGACAUCCCCGACGUGGAUCUGUCCAAGGUGGGCACCACCAAGGUCGGCAGCUUCGAGGUGGAGGUGGUCGACUACACGGCAGAGUACUUUGCCACGCUCAAGGAGGUGUUUGACUUCCCCACCCUGCGCGCCUUCAUGUCCCGCGCCGACUUCACCUUCGUCUUUGACGCCCUGCACGCCGUCACGGGAGCCUACGCGGGGCCCCUGUUUGUGGAUGAGCUGGGCGGCAAGCCGGAGAGCAUCCGCAACGGCGUGCCGCUGGAGGACUUUGGCGGCGGCCACCCCGACCCCAACCUCACCUACGCUCACGACCUGGUGGAGAUCAUGUGGAGCGACGCCGCGCCGGUGCUGGGAGCAGCCUCGGACGGCGACGGCGACCGCAACAUGGUGCUGGGCAGCCACUUCUUCGUCACCCCCUCCGACUCUGUCGCCGUCAUCGCCGCCAACGCCCAGGCAGCCAUCCCUUACUUCAAGGACGGCCUCAAGGGCGUGGCGCGCUCCAUGCCCACCAGCGGCGCCCUGGACCGCGUGGCGGAGAAGCUGGGCCUGCAGUUCUUUGAGACGCCCACCGGCUGGAAGUUCUUUGGCAACCUGAUGGACGCGGGUGCGCCCGCCUGGCCGCCCGCCCGCCUGCCGCCACCCGGCACCGGCUCCGCGGGCGCCACCAUCCGCCUGUACAUCGAGGCGUACACCGCCGACCCCUCCCAGUUUGAGCUAGAUGCACAGGAGGUGCUCAAGUCCAUCAUCGGCACCGCGCUGGAGGUGUCCAAGCUGCAGGAGUUCACGGGCCGCGACAAGCCCACCGUCAUCACCUGAUCGCGCACAGAGGGCAUGUGCAGCUGGCCUGCGCGCGGUGGCCUGCGCUGCGCCUCCCUCCUGCCUUUUGCGCACACGCACAAGUCUGUUGGUAGUCCCCUUGUUGGUCCCUUGCUGGUUUCUCUGUCCUGACCCCUCCCCCUUGUUUCGGCCCCAUUGGGCCGCCCGUUACCUCCUCUGCGGCUUUGCGGCAGCGCCGCUCCAAGAGUGCUUGCCUAGCACAGUUUUGCACAAGCGCUGGCCAUUGGCCCUCUUGGUGAGGGCACAAACCGAAUGAAUUUGAUUUCAGCAUCUGCUGUAAACAACGAACAGAC